AUGCCGUUUGUUGAUUUAGUUUCAAACGAAAGGGAAUCAUUUUUAAAACAAAUAACCGGUUGUCACAUACCUGGUUACACAGGGCAUUGUCCUACAUUAAAAUUUCGUUUUGGUAAAAGAUAUGGUGCAAUUACAAAUGAAGUCAUUGAUGAAUUUAGAAAUAUUUCAUUGGGAAGAUUUGUUAAACCUUAUAAAAUAGGACAACCGUGGGCAACGGCUUUUACAAAUGUUGUCAAUGAAAAAGGAGAAGAAUUAGAUCCUAUAAUAUUUACCAAUCAACCACAAAGAUCUUUCAUAACAGGUUACACAGGUUUUAUACCUGGAAUAAAUUUUGAAUAUGGUAUGCCAUUUAGUAAUGCAGCUAAUAAAAGUGUUUUUAAAUUUAUACAAAGACUACAAAAUGAGGAUAAUAAAAGACAACAGUAUUCAGGAACAUUUUUAUUACUCUUACAGGAUAAGGUACUUUUUGAAAAAACAAUACCUAAAGUAUGUUGCGUACGAAAUAGAGAUGAAAUAUCAAAAUUAAUAGAAAAAAAUUCUAGAGCAUUUUACAAAACUUAUGUACCACCGGUAACUUCUGAAUUACCACCCAUAGCUGGUUACACUGGUCACAUACCAGGAAUAAAAGGAAAUGAAGCAUCGCUGAGUCAAAGGUUUCAUUCGGCAGCAAAAGCAGGACUUGCUAUGCUACAAGAAGAAAGAAAUAGACGUUAUCAUUUGGAAAAAGCCAAACAAGCAGUCGCUGAUGCUAUUGUAUACCCUCGUUCUAUUUAA